AUGCGGAUUUGCGAACAGGUUCAGGACGCGGAUGACGAUGGUUUGCCUUUGCUAAUGGCAAUUUCCCGUCUCCAUCGCCGUUUGGCUGCUUUAGACCAAGAGCCUAACCCUGAUUGGUUCGUGAUCCCUGAUGACGAAGUUAUAGCGCGCAUCGUUCCUGUCACCGCUACUAUGCCACCCAGUCCCGCAGUCACUGUUUCUCCUCGCAGCGGUAAAACGUCACCCGGUACUCCUCGCUUUCGUCGUACUUCGCAAAACACGGGCAAGGACGCUUCGUCUUACGGAUCACCCAACAAGCGCGCGCCUAAACGCAAACCGAAAUCAGCGGAGUUCAUCAACGACUCACAGGAAGAAGCCGACCCUAAGAAGCAGAAAGGUAACGAUGGCGCUUCGGUUCCUAGUGCUAAGGCACUGGGUAAACGAAAGGCAGUCGAGAAUCCGCAUACGCCUGGCGAGUCCGCUGCCUUGGUUAAGGCUGCUCGUAAUAUCGUGACCCUUCGUCCUGCUGGCUCUGCGAAGGCUGCGUCCAACGCUGAGGCAGGUCCUUCUGGCUCCAAGAGGACUUCGUCGGGUAGAGGUAAAGCUGCCUCGACCACUUCCUCGGUCAAGAAGUUUCCGAAGGACGAGGGCAUCGUCGCGUCCCAGCUUACUGGCGUCGACCCUAUCGACCUUUCCACGCCUGAGGGGCGCAAACUCUUCAACGAGCUCAACCUCUACAGUUCCACCAGCACUUUACCACCGAAGCGCACGAGCAUGCUAAGAGCAGACGUUUUUGGCUUAGAAACCGUUUCUUAUCGGAGUACAUCUACCGCGUCAACGAUACUCGCGUCUUGCCACAACAAAUAUCAAGUCGCCUUCAGUACUUGA